CUCCAACUCUGGCCGAGGAUGACCACCAACUUUGAGGAGGCCGAUGGCCCGCCUUUGGGCAUUCCCGCUGAGGCCGAUGAUUUUGUCAUGGACCGCCGUUCUAUGAUGGCGAUUGCGAAGGCCAAAGCGGCCGAGGAGAUUGCUGCUAAGGCGGCUGAAGCGGCCAGGCGUGCCGCGGCCGGUGUGGGCGGGGCUAAUGCAGAUGCGUCCCCAAAGCCUGCCCCGUCCAAGAAAAAGAGACCGGCCACUGACGGCCAGAAGAAGUUGACCGAGGCCGGCGUGAGCGUCUCUAAGAGGACGAAGAGGGCUCCUUCCCCUUCUCCUGCCAGUGAGGCCGGUACGCUUACCGUCCCCAGCGUGGGCGAUGGUGGUCCCGUCGUGGACCUUACUGUUGCUGAUGGUGCCGCCCCAGCGCUUCCUCUCGUCCAGGAACCACGGACGCAGAGGGCCGGAAAAGAGGUUGCCGGUGCAACCUAUCAGAAAGUGAUAGAGUACCCCGUCGGCGGGGGCGUGUUCAAUGAGCUCGUCCCCGGCCAUGUCGUCCUGGCCAAGGCCAUGCCGGCCAAAGAUCGGACUCAUCUGAAGAAGCUCGAGGAGCCGAAGAUCUACGAGGGUGGCAUGGAUCUCCUCGUCCAAGUGAGUGGUUGUCCUUAUAUCCUUGUCUUUCUUCGGCUAUGUAGAGUUUUUGCCUGACCUUAGUUUUUCUUCUGCAGAGUGCCUUCAUGCUUAUGGAAAGCCAUAAGAGGCAGUACUGGGAGAUUGCCCGCCUGCAAGCACUGGAGCAGAAGGCUGCCUCGGCCGACGAGGCGGUAGCUUGCCUUGACCGGCUCCGGGAGGAUGCCAAGGCGCUGCAGGCCAAAGCUGAUGAGGCCGUCGCGGCCAGGGACGUUGCCCUGGUCCAGCUCGAAGAGAGAAAAAGGGAGCUCGCAGAGUCCCGUAGAGCGCUUGAGGCCGAGAAGCGCAGGAGCGAGGAGGCCGCCAAGGCGAAAGCUGAGGCCGAAGCCGCCGUUGUGAGGGCUGCCGAUGAGGCUGUUGAGAAGUUCUUGGCCGAAGGGUGGAAGGCCGAUGAGAGGCUCCCCUGGUGUUACGAGGUGGUGGCCGCCAGGCUGGAGAAUUGGGGGAUGAACUCCCCUGCCGGCCGGGAGUAUUUCAGCCAGGAGAUGUCUGUUUACUACAACCUGGGGCAGGAGCGGAUGCAAAGGCUCCUGUACCGGCGGCUAUCCCGGGCGUUGAAGGCCAUGAAUUACACGGCCGGAUGGGCUAGACGAAACCUGAAGCUCCCAAAGCUGAUGAAGGAUCCCGAAGGGCAGGCCGCGCUUCCGCUGUCGGAGCGGGAGUCCCCCAUAGAAAGCUCCGGCCUCGGCGAGCCGGACUAUACCGAGUUCGAUUUCUUGGAUGAUGCCACCAGCGCCGCUGCCGGCCAGGAAGCUGAGGCCGAUGAGGAGGGGGCCGACGAGAUUGAAGAGCCAACCCCGGAGGCUUGAUCGGCUAGUCCCUAUUGUAGUUAGCUUUUCAUUUUUUUGCCCAAUUAUGUAAUGGCCGUAGUGCCCUCCAAUUGUAAUGAAUUUUAUCAAUCGAGGAAAUUUUU